CAACAUGGCAGAAGAAACUGUAAUCGAACUCUUCAAAAGUGUAGGCCUCAGUGAGCAAAAGGCAAAAGAAACAUUGAAGAAUGAAAGCGUAUCAGCUAACCUUAAGCAGGCAAUUGAACAGGGAAAGUACUGCAUGCAGCUCAGAAAAAGUACCAAAGAUGGUCUUGACAAAGACAUGGGAAAGCUUUUAUACCACAUUGCUACAAAACUGAAAACUCAGAUCAAACAGCACCAAGCCAAGUUAGUGGAAUAUGUUGCCACACGAAAGAUUAAAUCUGAGAACCAGCUUAAUGCUGCCAUGGAUUACCUCUUGUCUAACCCCCUGGAACCUGUGGAUGUCAAACAGCUGGAGUCUGCAUGUGGAGUGGGUGUUUUCAUAACACCUGACCAGAUAGAAGCUGCAGUUGAAGAAGUGAUAGGAAAAUACAAAUCUGAAUUGAUAGAAAAACGUUACAAGUUCAACUCAGGAAUUAUUAUGAGUGAAGCCAGAAAUAAAUUGAAAUGGGCUGAUGGAAAAUCAAUCAAAAAUGAAGUUGACAUGCAAGUUUUAGAUUUGCUGGGUCCCAAAACUGAGGCUGAUCUUAAGAAACCAGUGAAAGAAAGCAAUAAGGUGGUCAAAGGUGCUAAGCCGUUGAAUGAAAAUGCAGCAAAGAAGGUGGACGGUGAUAUAGUUGGAUUAGAAAACAUUAUUGGUGCUGAUGGAGAAGUGAAGAGUUUCAUGGAUUUGGUUGGAGAUUCUGUGAAAUUCCACAAGCCAGGUGAGAACUACAAAACAGAUGGCUAUGUAAUCACACCCAACACAAUGGAUGCCUUGAAGGCACAUCUUAAGAGGACUGGAGGAAAGGUUAUGACUAGGUUCCCACCAGAGCCUAAUGGAAUCCUCCACAUUGGACAUGCCAAGGCCAUCAAUUUCAAUUUUUGGCUAUGCAAAGGCAAAUGACGGAGGUGUUACCUGAGGUAUGACGACACAAAUCCCGAGAAAGAGGAGGAGAAAUUCUUCAGGGGAAUUGCAGACAUGGUCAGCUGGCUAGGCUACAAACCUUGGAAGGUGACUCAUGCAUCUGACAACUUCGACAAGCUGUACGAGUGUGCUGUGGAACUGAUCAGGCGAGGACAUGCAUACGUCUGUCACAUGAAGGCAGAAGACCUAAAGGGGCACAACCCACCUGACUCACCAUGGAGAAAUCGACCUAUAGAAGAGUCCCUCAGGCUAUUUGAGGAUAUGAAAAAUGGAAAGUUUGAUGAGGGAGAAGUGACCUUGAGAAUGAAGACGACCUUGGAGGAGGGGAAGAAAGACCCUGUUGCUUACAGGAUAAAGUUCACCCCUCAUCACAGAUCAGGGGACAAAUGGUGUAUUUACCCUACUUAUGACUUCACCCACUGCCUCUGUGACUCCAUCGAGGACAUAAGCCACUCACUUUGUACAAAAGAGUUUCAAUCCAGACGAUCAUCCUACUACUGGUUAUGUAAUGUAUUGGAUAUGUACUGCCCUGUGCAGUGGGAGUAUGGCAGGCUGAAUCUUAACUACACGGUUGUCUCAAAACGAAAAAUAGGCAAACUUAUAGAAAAAGGAUUUGUAAGAGAUUGGGAUGACCCUCGACUUUUCACCCUGACAGCUCUCAGACGCCGGGGAUUUCCCCCAGAGGCUAUUAACUUAUUCUGUGCAAAGGACCAUGCUGGUAAUGUCACUGAGCUGAUCACAACCUGUAAAAAAACUUCCGAUAAAGAAAAGCCCAAAGGUUUCAUCCACUGGGUGGCUAACCCUGUCACCUGUGAAGUCAGGCUCUAUGAAAGACUGUUUUAUCACAAGCACCCAGAAGACCCAGAGGAGGUUCCUGGUGGAUUCUUAACAGAUGUUAAUGUGGACUCUUUGUCUGUGAUACCUGGUGCCCUGGUAGACAAACACGUCCUGGGGACAAAGGUGUAUGAGAAGUAUCAGUUUGAAAGACUUGGAUUCUUCAGUGCUGAUCCUGAUACAACACAUGAAAAGCCUGUGUUCAACAGAACAGUUACACUGAAGGAAGACCCUGGAAAGAACUAAAUCUCAAUACAGUUGGCAGUUGUUUGUGAACUGUGCCAAGAUGAAGGGAAAUAUGGCAUCAUCCUGUAAACAUGAACAUAUAAAAUAGGCCAUUCUGUGUGAAAAUAAAGUACUGCUGGUCUGUUUGUCUUCCAAUGAUACAGUUGAUAAAUCAUUGUCAUGAAUAUGUAUCAUAAGAUGCAAUUGUUUAUGUUAUUCAUAUAUCUAACCAGAGUAUUUACACUAACGUCUAACCACAUUUAACUCAUGCAAGACAUGUGCCCCUGUGUAUAUCCGUAAAUUAGUUGGAAAAUGAUGCUGAAAAUAUAAAAUAUGUGCAAAGCAAUUUUUACCCAGUACAAAAAUAAUUCCUCAAGUGGUUGUGUUAAUGUUUUUGAAACCUUGUGCAGUUUCUUCCCUUGGCACAGAACUCCUCUUAUCAUUGUUCAAAGGAAAUAUAUUUUUAAGUAGUAAUUUUGAUCGUAAGACACUGAAAUUCCCACCAUUUUCUAGGGUCAUAUGAAAGAAUUUAUUUUCAGGUGAGCGAUAUUGCCUUUCAGUUAGUCAGCAGAAGUACAUGAAAAAGCUUGUUUUUUUUUCAUAAUAGAAAAAGUACUACCUGUUGUAACUGGAAGAGUGAAUACUUUUCUGUCUGUUGCCUAUAUCAGUCUACUUCUUGUCAUGUUCA